AUGGUUGUGCUUUAUAAAGACAUUGCCAAGACGGCAGAGAAUGUGCUUCGUGAUGACUACGAUUUCUCCCGCAAGCUCAAGAUCAAGACCAAGGCGACAAAUGGCGUUACUUUCACGACUGAGGGUGAUAUGGCCAGCAAUAAGGCCAUCCUCGGUAAGCUCUCGGGCACCUUUACGCACCAGAGUAGCGGUGUUGUGUUUAGAAAGCUACAGGUGACCACACACGGUCGAUUAAUCUCCGAAGCUGAGUUACCUAAUGUCUUUACGAAGGGUCUCAAGCUCACGGCAAAGGUCGAAGACGGUUCAUUAGCCAAGAACACGCACACCAAACGCAUUGGCGUCUUUGGCUGGGAGUACCAGCAGUCGAGCUACUCAGUGAAUGGCACUAUUGACGUGGGUGCUAGCACAGUCAGCAAGUCGGCUGUGUACGGCUUCGACAAUGUUCUUGUUGGCGCCCAGGCGGCUUUCAACUACAACAAGUCGGCGGUCGUGGACCAUAAUGUGGCUCUAAGCUAUCGUGGCAACGAUUUUACGGCCACGUUGCAGACCAAGAAGCAAUUCAACGUACUUUCAGGAUCAUUCCAUCACCACUUGUCCUAUGACACUGUCUACUCGGCACUGUUCAAUUAUAAUCUCAAGUCCGGCCAGAACACACUCAGUGUAGGUGGCCGCUACAAUGCCGACAAGCUCACCACGUAUGCCGGCAAGGUUGAGUCGGACGGUCACGUGUCUUUGGCUCUGAUCCAGAAGAUCCGCCCCUUCUUGGCGCUGACUACGAGUGCCCACUUGGAUGUCAAGAACUUCGAUGGUGAUGCCCAUAAGUUUGGCAUCGGCCUCACUCUCGGCUAA